AUGGGAAGGUUGGCAGACGGCGACGCGGUGGAGGACCGCGUAGACGCAAGCGACUACAUAGUGGAAACACUCGCGGCCGCACCCUACACUGUCUUGAGCGAUGCCUCCAGCAACAGCUCCAUCUCGUUGUUGCCAGGACUGAACGGCUCCGCCGUAUCUUUGCCAAUGCAGCCGUCCGUCUCAAAGCGGCAAGUGCGCGCACACGCCGUGCAAAUGCUCGAGGGGUCACCGCAACAGCAGCCGUUGGCGUGUGGGCUCGCUUCUCUAACAAAGGUGCUAAGUGUAUUGAGCGCGAUUCUGCAGCGAUCCCGCCGAGCGCACCAGCGCUCGCGCAACUUUGGACGCCUACUGACCUUGCUCACGGACGGGCGGUUUGCUGCUACGGCUGCAGAGCAUAUGCAGACACUUUGGCUGCGUUGCAGUGGACAUGCAUCGUCGCUUGGCGCGCAAGCCGGCGAAGCCGCGGCGCUGUCCCUCUACUGCGACGUUCUGCUCCUGAUCGCCUACCACGCGAAGAUGGCGAACCCGAGCGACACGGUUUCAUUCAGCUUUGUCGUGGCCGAAGAGGCGCUCGCGUCCUUGUACGCCGUCAACAGAGACAUGGGCGCCGAACUUGUCAGGGCUGCGGCUCAUCGUCCAGCCUACCUGCGCCGCAGCGUUGCCUCUCUUACCGCUUUCUGCAUUCUUCAGGCGGGUCGGCUGUCCCAGAAGGUGCUUGAGGACGCGCUGCAAAACCUCGAACUCGGCGCUGCAGCGCAGGCAAACAUGGCGCACAUGGCCUUCAUGGCCGCUCUCCCGACGUCAUAUCCACAGAUGACGCAGACGUGGCAGUGCCGCGCACUCGAGGUGCUUCGCAGGGCCACCUUGUAUGACGCCGCUGCGGGCAUUGUCAGUUGCACUGACGGCGCCGCCGCCGUCUCUGUCAUCAGUCGAAUCAGUGCGUGGGUGCACGGAUACGCCAUGCAGAGCUUCUUGUCGAUCAUGUCGGAGGCGGCGUGGUGCUACUGCACGGCUGAUACGCUGCUCCACAUUAGCCGUGCUGUGAGCGUGUACGGGGCGACGUGGACGGCGUACUCGGAGAGCUAUAUGAACCUCAUCAGUUUUCUGCAUCGCGCCCUCACCCGAUACGAGUGCUCUUACGCGCAGGAGGCGUCGAUGGCGUUGAGAAUGCCGGGGCCGAGUGUACCAAAGUCGAUCCUAGGACGGUCGUCAAGUGCGAUGCUUCCUGCUAACCGACAGGUGGGCUGGCGCUCCGCGCGAUCGGCGGAGUCGUCGGUGGAGUCGCUGAUGCGACGCGUCGUUCUCGGCGCCGCAGGCGUGGACGACGACACGUCAGUGUCGGACCUGCAGGGAGGGCUGGGGAGUAGUGCCUACUCUGCUUUUCAUCUCAGCGGUGGCUUUGCGGAGGGCGAUGGCGCGCUUAGCGACGUUGAUGACAGCCCAGAGUCCUUCCUAGCACGGUGCGAGGCGGAGACCGAUUCUCCCCGCAGCUUUGUCUUCUACCUGUCUCUGCUGGCCUACUUGACAUCGGCUCUACCGUCGCUGCUGGGCUCUCUCGGAGAACUCCGUCUCUUCUUUUACCUGCCCCACUCUCCUCGCAGUGCUGCGGCUAACAACGGCGCCGCCUCGGCCCGCGACGCUGAGGCAGCGGAACCACCUGCCGCGGCGUCAGGAACGGGACGCCACCUUUUCGCCCUGUGCAUGGAUCUCCUGCGCGCAAACCUAGCCUCCGCCCUCGCUCACUCCGCAGGCCAGCGGAGCCUGCGCGAUCGACAAAAGCGUCUGCUCUGCGAGUCCGCGACGACGCUCUUGUGCGCCUUCAUGUGUCGAUUCCCCCAUUCGCUGCAGCAGCUCGAGGCAGAGACCGGCGCCACGCAUCUGGUCGGUCUCGUGAACCAGGUGGUGACAACCAUUAUCAAGGCGCCCAGCCCUUCGCUGGGGAUGAAGCGGCUCGCGUACAGCCUGCUGCAGCGCUACGCAUCUGCCGUGGAUGCCUUCGGCGAUAUAAUGGCGCAGCUCUUGGCUCCGUCGCACUGGUCAGCACUGAGGUUGGACGACGAGUACGUCGAGGCCGACCUGCGUGCUUGUGUGCAGCUCUACCAGCAUCUAUGCCGUACCGUGUACCAACUGUCACCUGUAGAGCCUGGCCGUCUCGUCUCGCUGCUUGCGGAACUGCCGGCAGGUGCCUUCAGUUGUUCCUCCGAUGGUGCGGCGACGGCCGCCACACUGGUGCGCACCAUCUUCACCUUGAUGGAGGACCAUUCAGAGGACGCGGCGGUGUUUGGUGACGUGACGGUGCCACAGCUGCCACACCUUAUUGGUCGCCUGGGAGAGGCGCUCGACACAUUGGCGACCGCGUACACCAGGGGGUACUGGGUGGCCAGCGGGGAGUCGACGUGGUGCUCCGUGUGUGCCACCGCCUCACUUCUCUACAAGGCCGUGCUGCUCUACCGCGCACCUGCGCUGGUCGCGACGACCGUCUUUCCUGCACGGUGGGGCUCCCAGGGGCGCGGCAGCGGCGAUAGCGUAAUGGCCGAGGUGUUCCAGGGUGGUGGUGGCUGUCGGUGGCGCAGCGGGGUGCACGUACUCCUGCAGCUUCUUUGCGAGGAUUCCCUAUCACCCGUGCAUCAUGUUGUGACGGAGCUUCUUGUGGCAGCCCUGCAUGCAACCGCCCUCCACCACACCUCGGAGUCUAUGCUCCGGGCGCUCCGUUCACAUCUGUCUCCGUGCGAGGUCGUCAUGGUUACCCAGCGGGUGCUGCAGGUGCAGCGGGACAGUCCGGGGUCGCCCUCGAAUGCAAUGCGACUGGAGGUGGUGCAGGCAAUGGCCAUGUGGUGCCCGGCGCUAUUCCUCUUUCUGUUUGGGCCAGAGAAGCGUGUGGUGGGCGAGGAUGAAGACGCUAGUGAGGUUGCUGCAAAGGGGCACAGCUCGGGUGACGACGACCACACUGGCAGCGGCAGCGUUAGCCGGGCAGCGGCGCAGCCGGCAGAUCUGCCGCUCAUGCAGUUGCUGGUGGCAACGGUGCGCUCAGACAAGGCGGCUUUGUACGAGAAGGCGCUCGCGCUGAACAUCCUUCGGUACAGUGGUAUGUCAAGGCUUCUGGAGAUGCAAGAGAUUUUGUCCCUCAUGCCACGCGAGGACAGCAACGCGGCAAGCACGAACACUGGCCGCGAUGGGGGCGAGUGGGAGGAGGCGACAUUGGCGGUGGGCUGUCUCGCCUAUGUGAAUGCGAGAGUCGCGCUGGAGCUGUCCAGGUUGCGGCAGGCGAGCUCAGCGCUGGACAACGCCGGCGGCGGAGAGGUGGAUGGCAGCAACAGAGCCACGGCCUCAACUCGAGACAGCACCCCCGCCCCACCGCAGCAGCAGCGCCGGUCAGCCCUGGCGCCCCCGUCGCCGUUCGCGGCUGCAACAGCGCAUCCGUUGCAGGCUGCCCGUAGCAAGGUGCUGGCUGCGUACACAGAUGUCAUGGAUCAACUGCUCCGCCACGGCGCCGCCGCUAUGCAGCGUCUACGCAGCCUGUUCGAUGCGGAGCGGGGCGACGUGGACUACGACGACCAGACGAACUGGCUGGCGCGGCAGGCGACGAGCAUGAUCUUGGGCAGAAACCCGGACGUCAGCGCCAGUGUUGUCUUUCCGCGCAGCGGCGCAACAACGGCAUCGAGGCGUUUGGCAGGUGAGAGUUCGCGCGACAGCACUCGUACCCUUCUUCACGGAGCAUCGCAGGGCAGCAUUCUGAGCCGCUGUGCUGUGCCAACGGCUCUCGCUGCUGCCACCGCUGCCCGUGCCCAUGGUGAGCUGCCGAACACGACGACCUUCAUGCAAACCCUGUCCAGCGAAAACGUCGAGGUUGUCGCGGCGUGGCAGCGGCUCUUCCCCGUGGGCACCGCCUCUACACGCUUCUUUCGUGGCACCGGUGACGAUCGCCGGCUCAACAACCUUGCGGCGCAGCUGGACACAAUGGCAGACCUGGCAACUGCGCUUGAGCAGCUGUUGUGGCUCAGUGGCGUUGACACGAGCACAGCGGGCCUAUUCGGCAAGCGAACACAACAGCUGCUCGAGUGUGCCGUUGAGUCGGUGUUGUCCUGCCAGCCGGGAUCGCCACUGCUGGCAUCAUUCCUCACGCGUCAGGUGCAGCAGCAGCUGCGUCUCGCCAAGGCGGCCGCGAGUAUGUUGGAAGCCGCCGUUGGCGGCGACGCGACCGAGCUCUUUGAGGUGAGCCCGACCCUGCAGCGCUCACUGCGGCGUCUGGUGGCGUUUGCCAAGGCGAAUCGCAGGCACAUGUUUGUCUUGGUGGGAGUUCUCCCAGUCGUUAUUGCGUUUCCACUGUCCACGUUCGCCGCCUGCACUGCCGUGGAGGACUUGAUGGCGAUGGUGCAGGCUGCCCUGUACGCCAAGCUGCGGCAAUCCUCCUGGACGCCAGAGACGCUGAACGUGCUGGACAAGCUGGUGAACGGCUGCACACGCGUCUUCAGUCAUCCACGCUCUGAUGGGGGUAGCGACGCAGUGCUCGUCAGUCGCCUGCUUCCGACCUUGCUGCAGGUUGCGUCGCGUCUCGCGCGAUUUGUCCAGCCAACGCAGCCGACCAACGCCGACACUCUCCGUUUUGUGCGAGUUGUGGAGUGCGUUAGCUGCGUUAUUGCCCACUGCGGCGGGCAAACGGCGGUGUUGGGCUUCGUGGACGAGGCUGUUCUUCUCGGCUUCCUGCAGGCAAUAGGUCAGUUCUCUACCUCCUCAGUUUACGAUACGGCCGCCCAGCGGCACCUGCGUCUGGCGUGGAACGUGUGCUGGCUUGCACUCCUCUCCCUGUGGUGCACGAUCAUGUCAGUGCGCGGACAGUACAACGCAAUCGCGUCAGGCUGGGUGCCAUCUCUGAAAGCGGCGCUGCUGAGCAGCCCACGUUUUGCUGCUGCUCUUAGCGCGUUCGCCGGCGGGCGCGGAGGCGACCGGGGCGGGCUGCUGCUCUGGGAGGUGGAGGAAGUGGACGCGUGCACUCGGCUUGCCGCAGUGCUGGCGACGCAGAACGUCCUCCUCGAGAAACUCACGCCGUGUGUUCAGGCAGGCUUUGUGCUCCUCCGCCAACCUCACUUACAUCAGCAAUGUGUGCUGUCCGUGCCGAGUGCGGAGGCCGUGAUCAGUGAAGGCAGGCGGAUCACGAUUGCCCAGGCGUAUGUGCUGCGCAACGAGCUUACAAUCCUGUUGAAACAGGCAUCCUAUGCCGUUCCCCGUGAUGGCGCCACAGUGGCGGCCUUUGUGUUUCCAUUAGAGCUGCUAGGGCAGACAGCGGAGCUGGCGAGCGCCCCCAACCUCACUGAGGACGCUGUGGCCGCCGUCUCGACAGCGACGUCGCUUGUGUACUCGCUGGACCUCUUACGCCAGUUCACCGUGCGGGAGCUGCAGGUUCUCCGGAGGGUCACCGCCGCGACUGCCCCCAGUGGUGCUGGACUCGAGCGCUCCCCAAAUGUGGGCUACACCAACUAUGCAUCGCGGGAGUCGAGCGUUACGCGGUCCCCCAGCAGGGGACCGCUUGUCGGCGACGCCGACACCGUUACAGACGUGGAUGACUCCUUCACGGUGGACGGCCAGGUCGACGUCGCGGCAGACGUGCAAUCGGUGCAUCUCGAGACCGUGCAGCUUGCCUUGACGGCCUACGCCCUGACGGUGCAGGACUUCAUCCAAAAUGCGAGCCGCACACCUGGAAUGUUGUACACGGCAGCGGUGCUCCAGGGGGUGCGGCACUCCACCGAGCGCCUCGUUCGCACACUGCGAAGUCUCGUGAAGGACCUCAGCGAGGUGCGUUGGCCGCUGCUUAGUCGCGUGGUGCAAGGGCAGACUGCGCGGCUUCAGCACCUCAUCGAGUGCCUGUGA